CUGAGUAGAGGCAACUUGCUGCGGAUUGUUUUUUGUGGGCGAUGCGAUGCGGCCCCCUUCUAAUCGAAAAUCGAGAGAGCCAAAAUCCGUGCUGUGAAGUGCCGCGUCAACUAUUAAAACGGUCACCAAUCAGCUGUUUUAUAUUCGAUUAAACAUUCCUGAAAAUUAAUUUACAAGUGAAAUCACUUAAAAAGUAAUAGAAAAAAACAAAAUGCUUCAGACAUUAAUGAAAAGGUUAAAAUGACAAUUUUUUAUAAUUUUAUUAUGUCCAAAUUUAAUCAUCACAUAGAUUAUUAGUUAGCCAUGAAUGUUUAACCUUCUAGUUUAGAAUAAAUACAGUAUCUGAUAAACCAACAAUAAUAACAAGUAUUUGUAGAACAUUUUUUAAUCUUGCGAAGGAAUGAGUAUAGACAGUAUGAGAGUUGGAGGAGGACGCUGUCCUCCCCUCCUUGUUGGAGGACUUCUCAUUGCCUGUAUAAUGAUGGUAUGUAACUGGUGGACCUUGUCGUCAACAAACUUAGAGCUUCUCAGACAAAUCGAUGAAUUAAAUGAACAAAUCAAGAUAAGUGUGGAAGAAAGAGAUCAAUGUGUAACGCACAGUGGCAGUGUAGAGAAACAACUGCAGAGUUGCACAGAUGACGCAAGAACAACACACGUAAAACUUUCACAAGUUGAGGAUAUGCUGUCAACUUGCAAUGAAGAAGUCAAAUCUUACAAAACAAUUGAUAUUACUAAAAGUAGCACAUUGGAAGCAUUAAGAGUAGAUAAAGAAACCAUUAAGAAAAAAUUAGAUGUUAAGCAGGAAGAAAACAAGAAGCUUGACGAUGAAUUGAAACAAGUCAAGGAUGAAUUGCAAAAGCUCAAGCUCACAAUGAAUGCACCGCCACAAAAGCAGUCACCCUCUAUUCCUAUUGCUCGUUUUUUGGAAAAACCACAGUCUGACAAUAAGACAGUAGUCAAUGUUGCACCAAAUCCACGAAUAAACAUGGGAGAAACUCAAGGACAGGAUGCUCAAGAUAAGGAUAAUAGCAAUAGGGAAGACAAUGCUGCAGAAGUUGGUGACGCGGGUAUCAAUGCAAUAGAUUCAGAAUUGAAUUUCCAGUUAAUGUCUGAUGCCAAAGCGCGUGAAACCAUAAAGAAGUGAAUCUCGUGAUUCCGGAGGGAGAUUCUCAUUUACAAUGCAUACAGCAGUCGAUUGUAAGAAAAUUAUUUUUUUCGGUUUACGUCAAUUAUUUACAUCGCACAAAGUGCAUUUCAGAAUGACUGAAUAAAUGUUUCAUCUAUAUUAGACAUAAUUUUAAACUAGAGAUCGGCAAUUUAAAUUGCUAUUUAGGAUUGAAUGAACAUUUUUUACCAUCUAUACUACUAUCAACACUUGUAAAGAUAGUAGUUUAAAAUGUUCAACAUGGAAACUUGUGUAUCUAGAUUUCAAGUUCAAUUUCUUGAAACGUUUUCAUGAGGCCUCUCGCGUCAAGUAAAUUAAAUAAAAACACGCAAAAUUUUGUAUAUUAAUUUAUUAUUGAUCAUCUCGAUGCUGCCAGUGCGUGAGAUUGCGCGAUUUCAUAUUGUCAAUGUAUAAUAUUCGUUUACUAACUUGAAACAUUAGAACUGGAAUCCAUAUGUAUAUUUUGUAUUCUUGAAUUUCUCCUAAGUAUAUAAUUAUAGAGCUUGCGCUCGAAUCAUUUUUUCGUCAACUUUUUAUACAUAAUAAAAUCUCUUGUCACAUGUUAA